UGUUAACCUUAUACAAACAAAUAGUUAUCGGGUUACCGAAUAAUUAUUCAAUAAUGUUAUUAUACAAUCUAUAAAUCAGUGUUUAAAUCCAUAAUUAUUAAUAAUUAUCAUUCUAUGACUGAGCAGUGGGAAAGCCCACCAUAUCAUAAGUGUUGUACGUCCGCGUCAUCGACCGACACCGACGACUUCGGUAUUCACCGGUCUAUAACUUGGAAUUUGGAUAUUAAUUAUUUGCAAGGUAGAUAAAAUAUCAUAUCCACCUUGAUUUUGUGCUUGUUAAAUUGUUGACGAGUAGCUGGUAAUUUCGAGAAACAUUAAUGAUUUAUAUUAAUUAUGGUAAAUCCCUAUUUCGUAUUUCCUCAAUAAUAAUAUGGACCAAGCACAUUAAAAAUAUUUUAUUAGUAUCAACUAAUAUAAAUAAAAGUUAUUAUACAAGAAGAUCAUACUCAGUUAUACUCUGUUAAAAACGUACAAUUUUAUCUAACUACCUAGUCACUAAAUUCAGUUUUGGCUAUAUUCAUUGUCACUUGUCAGUUGUCAUAGACGUACUUUUGGAUUUUAACGAGUGAUUCUGGAGUUUAGGUACCUACGUUUUAACGAGAAAAUAUGAACCGCGGAUUCGUAUUUUGCCCGCCAUCGGUGGUCGUUAUUCUCGUGCUGUCCGUCGCCGUGCAUCACGCGUGCGGAGAGUGCUGGGACACGGGUUGCCAAUCGGAAUCGUGGCUGGUCAAGGGCUGCGAGGAGUACGGCAUGAAGGAGAUAAAGCGCAAACCAUGCAGCGGUGGCCACGUGUAUUCAUGCUGUCACCGACAUAACUCGAGCUCGGAGAAACUAAGCAAAAUCGGAGACCUCACCUAUUACAACUUGGGGUUGACGGCGUGCGGCCAAGUGUACACCAACGACGACAUGGUUGCGGCGAUAGCUUUCGGUCAUUUCAAGACGCCGAAUCCCAAUUUUGAUCCCAUGUGCGGAAGACGGGUGAAAAUAGUCGACCCCGUGUCGGCGAAAUCGAUCAUUGUGACGGUGAGAGACAAAUGCGAAGGCUGCAAGACGAAUGAUAUAGACGUGUCUCCGUCUGCGUUUGAAAAAUUGAAACCGAAAAUUGUUGGCAGAUUCAAAGUCUCUUGGGAUUUUAUUUGAUACGCGUAUUAUUAUGUCCCAUUUACGGUUUAACCGUUUAUCGUGCGGACUAUACCUAACUUAUGUAUUUUGCGCCGAAGUACCUCACCGGAGGCUUCUUCACUCACAUCAUCCAAGAUUGAAGCCACACUUAUAUAAAAUAUCCAUUAUGCUUAUUGUACUUGAAUGUGUAUAGAUUGUAUAAUUGUCUAAAUUAAAAAUAAAAUUUUUUUUUUUUCACAAGUGCGUAUGUAGUGCAGUAAAAUGUACCUACACAUAUAAAUGAUAUCUAGUAUCUACCAAUAGUAUGUUUUUUGUAACUGUAAUACCUACAUAAUUAUUGCUGUAUACAAUAUGAAAUUAUUCAACUUUAUAAUAAA